AUGGAGGCGGACGGGAGCCAGGCGACCUCGGGCGGCCCCGGCGAGGCGCAGCACGACCCCGGCAAGAUGUUCAUCGGCGGCCUCAGCUGGCAGACCUCCCCAGACAGCCUGCGCGACUAUUUCAGCAAAUUCGGGGAGAUCCGGGAGUGCAUGGUCAUGCGGGACCCCACCACCAAGCGCUCCAGAGGCUUCGGCUUCGUGACGUUCGCGGACCCGGGCAGCGUGGACAAGGUGCUGGCCCAGCCGCACCACGAGCUGGACUCCAAGACGAUUGACCCUAAAGUUGCAUUUCCCCGACGAGCACAGCCUAAGAUGGUCACAAGAACAAAGAAAAUAUUUGUAGGUGGAUUAUCGGCUAAUACAGUAGUGGAAGACGUAAAGCAAUACUUUGAACAGUUUGGCAAGGUAGAGGACGCCAUGCUUAUGUUUGACAAGACGACCAACAGGCAUAGAGGAUUUGGUUUCGUUACUUUUGAAAAUGAAGAUGUGGUGGAAAAAGUCUGCGAAAUCCACUUCCACGAAAUCAAUAAUAAAAUGGUAGAAUGUAAGAAAGCACAACCUAAAGAAGUGAUGUUUCCACCAGGGACGAGAGGAAGGGCGCGCGGAUUGCCGUACACCAUGGACGCUUUUAUGCUGGGGAUGGGAAUGUUGGGUUACCCGAAUUUUGUCGCGACAUACGGCCGAGGAUAUCCUGGGUUUGCCCCAAGUUACAGCUAUCAGUUUCCAGGUUUUCCGGCAGCGGCUUAUGGACCAGUAGCAGCGGCGGCCGUGGCGGCAGCAAGAGGAUCAGGUAGGGGGGCCCGUGGAAGAGCAAACCCUCAGAGUGCAGGGUCAGUCUUGAAUAGCUACAGUGCUCAACCGAAUUUUGGCGCACCCGCUUCCCCGGCAGGCUCCAACCCAGCCCGGCCCGGAGGCUUCCCUGGGGCCAACAGCCCUGGGCCCGUCGCAGACCUGUACGGCACGGCCAGCCAGGACUCCGGCGUCGGCAACUACAUAAGUGCUGCCAGCCCACAGCCGGGCUCCGGCUUCAGCCACGGGAUCGCCGGACCUUUGAUUGCAACGGCUUUUACAAAUGGAUACCAUUGAAACGUUACACAUGGUUGGUUGCCAUCUCACUUGGAGAGUCUCUCUGGAUGUCCGGGCAAAACGGGGCGAAGUUUCUGAGCGGUCCCACGGUGAGGUGACAUCGUCAGACUUCAGCACUACAUCUUCACCAACAGCAAACGAACUGGAGGUGGCACUCGACGGACUUGGGCUGUUUAAAAAAAUCUCAUCAUCUCAUGAAUCUGCUGUACUAUAAAAACAACAGCUUUUAAAAGUAUGUAUAUAAAAUCCAUUUCUUGUUCGUUUUAUUUUCUCAAAGGGUUUCCCCCCCCUUUUUAAACUUACUCGACCCACAUUUUUUGGUAGCGUUUUGACAUAGUCUCGUAGCCACGUAGACCUAAUUCUUUGUGUAUCUCGUAGGAGCCUAACCAUAGCCUAGCUGUUUAUAUUAAGGUUUUCUUUUGUUUCCCCCCCCCGUGUCCCCCGGUCUCUGUAGUUGCUGUCAUUGCAGGAUGUGGGGCUGCGGAGCACGCGGGUCGUCCCCCCUCCUUUUGUUUGUGCCGUCUUCGUUCACCCGGUUCUAUUUUCGGCAAUAAGGCAGGGACGACAGACUUUUGGGCGUCCUUUUUCUAUAAGUGCUUUUUUUUUGUUGAAAGAGGUGAUAUAAGGUUUUUUGAAAUCGUGAAUUCUGAAAAAAACAAACAAACAAAAAAAAAAAAAAAAAAAGAAACACAACCAAACACUGUAAAUACGAUUCCAUUACGUACAUAUAAACUAUUAAGAAAGAGAAAUACAAACUAUUUUUGUGAUGGAGUCAGUCUAAGGCAGUUUCUCUAUUAAAACAGAAGACACAGCACAGGUGUGGCCUCGAGGCCAACUGCCCGGGUUGGCGCUGCCCCCGUCGGCGCGCUGCGCCCCGCGCUCUGCCUGUUGCUCAUACGUGCGCAGCUUCCCCGUGACAGCCUCGUUGUCUUUUUAAUUUAAAAACUGCUUUUCCCAAGACUGAAAAAGAAGCUCCGGUUUUCCUAUUUAUCGCAUUUAAGGUUCGAAGCACACAGCUGCUCCGCGUUGCUGCUCCCAGCGCAGGCGGAGCGGCGCAGAGCUCGCAUGGGUACCUUUGUUAUCCAUCACUUUCUGUGUUAUUAACAAAUUAGGAAAGCGACUUUGGUUUGUCUGGUUUUUUUUUUUUUUUUUUUUUUUUUGGGAAUACCUCAGUGCUACAAGUUUCACCCUAGAAGCAACGGAAGAUUUUAAUUUAUUGUAGUUGUAAACAGAAUUUAAAAAAAAAAAAAGAAAAAAAAAAAGAAAAGUAUAAAACAUCAUUGCACUGUGACUGGUAGGGGAAAAACUGACAGUUUCCUAUUUGCACAUGUUUAAUAUUUGGCUGUUAUAUAUAUGGUCCUCUGUUGGGGGAGGAAACUUAUGAAGGAUAUUUUUUAAUUUAAUUUUUUUAAUAUUGGUAAAUAGGCCUGCAACAGCAACUAGAAGUACAACACGGUAGGUGGCAUUAAGAACAUACUGUAGUGUGGAUAUAUUUCUUCUUUUUUUAACGUAAUAUUGACGAGUUUUAUUAAUAUUUUUUUAAAUUGUUACGUUUAUAAAUUUGGUACUUUAGGUACAGCCAGUAUAAGACACUGAAUGCGACAUUUGUUAAAAGAGCUGCUGCACUCCUAUUUUUGUAAAUUUUACUAACGAGUAGAAUAACGUAGCCGUUCAGUAGACAAGGUAGAGAAGGCAUCUGCAAUGGAAGUGAGGCACCGUACUGCGAACCAGAAGGAGAAAACCUUGGGUUUUUCCUUAUUUUUGAGAACAGAAUCAUGCUUUUUUGUGUAAUGUUUUCGGUUGGUUUUCUUUCUUAUUUCCGAACAACCAGGUUUAAGCAAGAUGCUGGACGCUUUUUAAAUAUUGAGACUUGAUCAAGUGAUACAUAAAUGAAACCAUUCUUUAAAAAAAAAAAAUGAAAAAAAAAAAAAGCAACAAA